AUGAUGGCGACAAACGAGAUCCAGCAAGAGCUGGCUUACGUGCUGGUCACUGAGCUUCUAGCAUACCAAUUCGCAAUGCCAGUUCGAUGGAGUGAGACACAGCGCGUUCUCUUUGACGAUGUUCAGGCAAUCCGUAUAAUCGAGUAUGGCCCUUCAGCGACGCUUUCAAACAUGGCUAGAAGAACAUUGGACAAUUUUAAUGCAGGCUACGAUUCUGCAAAUGGAAAACGACGUACCUUACUUUCCAUUAGCAAGAAUCAAGACGACAUACACUAUGAGAACGGUCCAUUUAAAGAAAUAGACUUGGAGGACUUGCCCCAUGAGAGCAUACCUACUCAGAGCCAGGCAUCAGUUACUCCAGAAGUCCCGGCAAUGAAAGUAGCACACGCAAAAGUUGUCCCAGACGCCCCAAUAUCAGCCAUUGAACUCCUCAAGGCCCUGGUUGCGCAUACAUUGAAGAAAUCUGUGUCCGAGAUAAAUGCCGAAGAUAGCGUAACGAGCUUAUCGAAAGGAAGGUCAACAAUUCAAAAUGAAAUUAUUGGCGACCUUCUUGAAGAGUUCGGCUCGUUGCCCGAAGGCAGCGAGAACUUGAGUCUCAGAGAGGUCGCUGCGACGAUUCAGCCAAGCUUCGAUGGGACAUUAGGAAAGUCCUCUCGUAAGCGGAUUGAAAGGAUGAUUGCAUCGAAAAUGCCCGGCUCGUUCAGUAUGUCAGCGGCAAGAUCUUAUCUAAGUGCAAAAUGGAGGCUGGGUCCUUGCAGACAGGAUGCGGUGCUGUUGCACGCAUUAACGAAACAGCCAGAGUCUCGGCUCAAUAAAACUGAAGAGGCUGAAAGAUUUUUCCACGAUGUCACUCUAGCCUACACUGAAGAGACUGGUUUGACUAGUUUUGUUAGUGACACGAAUACUGCAAGCGUCACAGAUAAUGCCGUGCGUCUAGAUCCGAAACUGUUAGAAGAUCUUCGCAAUGAGCAGCGAGAACUGAAGAGGAAUAUAUCCGCUCUUCUAAACGAAAAUAACGAUCAAAAUAACGAAAACACGAACGAUUCUCUGGACCGUUGGCAACAUCAGCUGCAACAAAAGGUCGACAGUUAUGAGGCUGAACUCGGUGAGGAAUUCUGUGAAGGAAUCCAGCCAGCGUUCAGAGCAGAGCAAGCACGAUCAUACGACUCUGCGUGGAAUUGGGCCCAUGUAAACCUGCUGACAGACUACUAUAAACUCGUCACGACAGAACCGGCUGUUAGGACUACCAUUAACGAGAUAAAUUCGUUCUUGCAAAAGUAUUGGCAAAGUCGAUCGAACCACAGACUUGAGCAAGUAAAGGUCUACUUACUAAAAAGGCUUUCCGCUCGUCUAGCAGAUAAAGGUCAACUUACGAGGGAUAUCAAAGCCUCACUCCAAUCAGCAAUCGAUACACAAAUCCUGUAUCAGCCUGGCAAUAGGGCAGUUAUGGAUUGGCUAGUGAAUGAAAGUUAUCACCAUGAGACGAACGAAUCAAGGAAAAUUUCGAUAAAGGCUUCUCAGAACAAUAUACAUGAAGGGUCACCUCUAAUCCGGAUUCUUAGCAAGAAACAAGGGUCAUGGGCUCCGCAUAAAAUCCUAACUCUAUACAUGAAUAUCAAAGGCCCAGUCCAAUUUUCCAGUAAAGGAAUUUUUGUUGGCAAAAACAUUUUGAUCACAGGCGCUGGCCCGUUAUCAAUUGGCAUGGCCAUGCUGCCUUCGCUUCUUCAAGGAGGAGCUCGUGUUGUGGUUACUACCAGCCGGUCCAUGCCUGACGCAGGUCCGAUCUAUCAAAAGAUCUUCGCCAGUCACGGAGCUAUCGGUUCACAACUUGUCGUUCUUCCUUGCAAUCAGGCAAGCAGGCAGGAUAUCGGCAAUUUAAUCAAAUAUAUCUAUGACCCUGUUUCCGGACUGGGCUGGGACUUGGAUGCCGUGAUUCCCUUUGCCGCAAUCUCCGAGAAAGGGAUUGAGAUAGACGCCAUAGGCUCAUUUUCGGAGCUGGCUCAUCGAGCCAUGUUGAUCAAUGUCUUGCGAUUAAUGGGUGCUGUCAAAGCAGCCAAAGCAGCUCAACACAUCCACACACGUCCUGCUCAAGUAUUGCUACCCCUCUCUCCGAAUUUGGGCACCUUUGGCAAGGAUGGGCUCUACUCCGAGUCCAAGGUUGGUCUCACCGCAGUGUUGAAUAAGUGGUCAUCAGAAAGCUGGUCAGAUUACUUGUCUGUCUGUGGCGCCACGAUUGGCUGGACUCGUGGAACUGGUUUGAUGGCAGACAACGACUGGCUCGCUACUGAGGUCGCUAAGCUUGGAAUCACAACCUUUUCUACGGAACAGAUGGCAGAUUACAUGUUGAAGCUUAUGACAUAUACUGUAGCGUCCGUAUGCCAAACCGAGCCUUUGAUCGCGGAUAUUAGCGGCGGCAUGGAUGGCGAGAGUAAGCUGGCCGAGUAUGUGACCAAUAUCAGGCAAUCAACUCGCCAGAUGGAAGAUAUAAAUCGCGCUUUGGCUCACGAAUUAACCCUAGAUUCUGCAGCCACUCAACCUAAGCGUCUUGCAGCAAUUCCCUCUACAUCGCUGAAGGAGCGGGUGAAUCUUGAGCUCGGCUUUCCUCGUCUUCCCGAGUACACUAGUGAGUUGCGUUCGCUUAAUGAGAGAUUACAGGGAAUGGUAGAUCUAGAUACAGUCGUGGUCGUUGUCGGAUUCGCAGAAUUGGGACCAUGGGGCAACUCCCGCACACGGUGGGAAAUGGAAGUGGCCCAUGAGCUGUCAAUUCAAGGGUGUAUUGAGCUCGCCUGGAUGACAGGGUUGAUCAAAUACAGUAAAGACACAGCGGGUUGGGUAGACGUUUCUUCCGGUGCCUCUAUCCAAGACGUUGACAUGAAGGCCAAGUAUGAACGGCAUAUUUUGGAAAAUACAGGGCUUCGCUUUAUUACACCUAGUCCAUUAGACCAUCCCAGCCGAGACAAGAAGCAGGUUCUUCAAGAGAUUAUUCUACAGAAUGAUAUGAGGCCAUUUGUGGCUUCGCAUGAUAACGCAAUGGAAUUUGUACGCGAACAGGGCGACAAGGUUACCGUUCGGCCCAUCUCUGGUAGUAAUGAGUAUUCGAUCACACUCCGCAAGGGGGCAGUCAUUAUGAUUCCCAAGGCUACAGUCUACGACCGAAUUGUUGGAGGACAGAUUCCUACUGGUUGGGAUCCUCAGGUUUAUGGUCUGCCAGCUGAUAUUUGCGAUUCCGUUGAUCGAUGUACUCUAUGGUCUCUGGUCUGCGCCGCCGAGGCAUUCUUAUCGGCUGGUAUCACAGACGUUUAUGAUCUCUAUAAGACUCUUCAUAUAUCCGAUCUCGCAAACUGCAUCGGCUCUGGUAUGGGAGGCGGAAGAUCUCUGCAGAAAUUAUUCGUGCAGAGAUAUCUGGAUCGCCCAGUACAAAAUGAUAUCCUGGCCGAAACCUUCAUCAAUACGGCAAGCGCUUGGUUAAACAUGCUUCUGAUUGGAUCCGCUGGACCAACAAGAACGCCAGUUGGAGCAUGCGCAACAGCUUUAGAAUCUUUGAAUCAAGGUUACGAUCUCAUCCUCAGCGGAGCAGCGAGAAUAUGUCUCGUUGGCGGUUAUGACGACAUGACACAGGCCACUUCAGAUGAGUUCGGAGCCAUGAAAGCAACAAAUAACAGUGUAGAUGACUUGAGCCGUGGCCAUGCCCCUCACGAGAUGUCACGACCAUGCGCCUCGUCCCGGUGUGGUUUCGUCGAGUCAGAGGGGUGCGGCAUGCAAGUCAUCACUAGCGCGAAGCUUGCCUUGGAGUUAGGGUUACCCAUCCGGUCCAUCAUAGCACAUGUGCAGACGGCCAGCGAUGGCAUAGGAAGAUCGGUCCCUGCGCCAGGUAAGGGGAUUUUGACUGCCGUUAGUGAGACAACCACAGUGCCGCCACCAUUGCUCGAUAUUAACUACCGCCGGCGGCUGCUGCAACACUCAUUGGACACCAUCAGAGAACACCACGCUUCACUGCCAGAUGAAAACAGUGAAAAUGGAACGGCUCUAUGGAUAAAAAGAGAGGAGCGUGAAGCCCGGCGGCGAUUUGGCAACAAAUUCUACGAUGAUGACGCACGCAUCUCACCGUUGCGCGGAGCAUUAGCUGUCUGGGGGCUGGUGGCGGACGACAUCGCGGUUGUCUCGAUGCAUGGUACUUCUACACAAAUGAAUGAAAAGAACGAGGUUGAGGUCCUCCAUCGGCAGUUGGACCAGAUUGGCAGGAGCCCUGGGAAUUCAGCACUGGCUGUAUGUCAGAAGUAUCUGACGGGACACCCCAAAGGCCCUGCAGCCGCGUGGAUGCUGAAUGGUUGUCUCCAGAUUUUGGAUUCUGGAAUCGUCCCUGGAAAUAAGAAUGCCGAUAACAUUGAUAGUGCUUUAGCAAAAUGGGAACAUCUUGUAUUCCCCAACGAAUCCAUUCAUGUCGGUGAGGUCAACGCAUUCACUGUGACGAGUUUUGGGUUCGGCCAGAAAGGGGCACAGGCUCUGGGAGUGCAUCCGAAGUUCUUGUUUGGAACAUUGGAUCAUGCCCAGUAUCAGGAGUACUGUCGCCUAAGACAGGGAAGGCAUAGUCGAGCCCAGCAACAGUUCCAGAAUGCAUUUUACGGGGGACGGAUGGUGAUGAUUAAAGACAAGCCUCCAUAUCGGAGUAAUCAACAGUUGAAAGCUUAUAUGGACCCUUCGGGUAUUCUGGGAUGA